AUGCCUGAUGUAGCGAAAUGGGGCAGCGCUGCCCUUCGGUUCAUUCAGCUUGCCCUUGCGGUCAUUGUUAUGGCCCUGAUAGGAAACAUGAUUGAUGACGCCAUACAUGGCAGCUCGUCGGUGGUCAACUAUAAUCUAUUCGUACCGGCAUUCAUCUUGUUGUCCUUGCUCUAUCUUAUCCCGGCUUCGCUCAGCGACAAAAUCAUGCUCCAUCCCAUUCUUAUGUUCUUUAUCGAUGCUCUCUGCUGUAUCUUUGCCUUCUGUGGAGCUAUUGCCCUUCCGGCCAGACAGCAUGUGCAUAGCUGUUCCAAUAAGGACUACACAUCCACAAACACAGUCAGCAGCGGAUCGAAGUCUGGGGAGAAAACAUGCCGUGAAGGACAGGCGGCCACUGCUUUCUUGUGGUUCUUGUGGUUUGCCUUUUUGCUGUCAACCCUAUAUUCCCUCUGGCGCGUCAAGCAGCGCUUCUCUGGGGGUGGAGACCGCCAACGUACGUCACCCAGCCGUGGACAGCCGCCAACAAUGUCUCAGGUAUAA